AUGAGCUAUGGAAAUUUUGAACGAGUUCCUCCAACCCGUAGUCUUCUCAUGCGGUUGAAUAUAACAAGCCUCUCCUUCGAUGCCGGAGGAUCCCUUCGUAAAGGCACUCUCGCCUUCUGAGGCUUCAACCACAGCGAGGGACUGCUAGUUGACUUUAGUUAUGUAUGCCAGGUGUGGGUCUUGUCACCGUCUUCGUCAAGAGUUGUGCUGCCAGGAUUAGCCGGCCCUGCGGCCUGCCGGGUAGUGUUGUCAGGUAUUAGCAUAUCUCGUUUAAGGUUUCCUCGGUUUAAGCAUACCUCGACCCCCUCCCUCGGCCUGCCCCGCUUGGAGCCUGCUUUGGCGGAGACUGACCAAUCAAAACCACGCUGAACCAACAACAACACACCCACCUCCACCAGCUCCACCAGGCCAGCUCACCUUAAUCAACCAUCAUGAACCUCGCCGGGACAGCCUCGAGCUCGAUCAUCAACACCGUCCGGGGUCGAUUGGCCAAGAACUGCCUAUCCUCCCUUCGCGCCGGUUCUCUCUCUAAAUCAUCAACCAACAAUGUAAUAUUACCCUCCGUUUCCAACCGAAGGCCAUGGUCUAGUACUGCCAUCCAACGAUCCGAUAGUCUUUUCGUCCAUCGAGAUACGUCAUACAAUAAUCCGCAGAUCCCGUUUGAAUUCACACCAGAAUACAUGGAGAAAGCUCAACGAUGCAUAGAUAACUUCCCACCACAGUAUAAGAAAGCUGCGGUGAUUCCGGUCUUGGACUUGGCUCAACGACAAAACAAUGGUUGGACUUCGAUCAGCGUGAUGAAUUAUGUGGCCAAACUAUUGGAAAUGCCACCGAUGAGAGUCUACGAAGUAGCCACCUUCUACACCAUGUUCAACCGUGAGCCGGUCGGAGAACAUUUUGUACAGAUCUGUACGACAACUCCAUGUAUGCUUGGUGGAUGUGGAUCAGGAGUGAUUGUAGAAGCGAUCAAAAACCAUUUGGGUGUAGAACUAGGCCAGACGACGAAAGACAAAAAAUUCACGGUGAUCGAGGUGGAAUGUCUUGGAGCUUGCAGUAAUGCACCAAUGGUCCAAAUCAACGACGAUUUCUAUGAGGAUCUUACUCCUGAAUCUGUUGUCAAAGUAUUGGACGAACUGGCUGCCGGACGCAAGCCUAAACCAGGCCCUCAAUCAUCACGACAGAGUAGCGAGCCUGUAGGCAAGCUCACUUCACUCAGCGAAAAACCUUAUGGCCCUGGUGAACAUUGUGUUGAAGAAUUCCGAUAAGAAUCAUGGUGCUUGCAGCCAUUUCAUACAUGAAACCAAAUCUCUCGUGUAAACCAAUCUAACAGCCUUUUUUGAGAUACAAUAUUUUUGGGGAGUCCCCGCCAUGUCA